AUGUGUCCACUGACGGAGUUGUGUCGCGGUCUAAGGUUUGUGUGCUGUAAUACGGCGUACUUCCAGGGGAGCUCGGAAACUUAUCACGGGUGCCUGGCAAAGAUUCCGGUGUUGAGACUGUACCUAAAAUACAGCUCCUUGGGGAGCAGUUUGAAUCGCACAAUGCACGGUCCAGUCCCAUCGAACGGUGAAGCCACAGUUCUUGCUCUGGCCAGGCAAGCUCCCAUUAUUGUGCUUGUUGGCCGGGAGCUAGGUGACAGCAGCACCAACCCAGAUCCAAGGUGCGCGGUGUGGGGUGGACUCCAGCGGCCAAGACGCCCGUCCCGUGUUCAGAUGUUUAACCUUGGAAGGCCCACAGGUACCCCGGAAGUAACUCUCCUAACCCCGUGCACGCCAUCGCGGGUACCUGGCUGCUACCUUAUCAUCCUUGAGGAUGGCUGCAGUGAGGUGCCCGCCUGCGGUGGGCACAGUGGGUUCAAGGAUGCGCCCGGUGGCAGCGAUCGACCUGGAAGACAGGCUGUUUCCCAGCGUGGCUACCUACGAGUCCAAUCAGUGCCCAGCAGAUGGCCUGGACGCGCCAGCCCUCUGUCACGGUCAUUCAGACAGGUGCAGCGGCAGCAGAAUAGCAGGGCACCAGCAGCACCAUCAGCGGCGACCGGACCAACCAACCAACCAAAGAGCCCCUCGACGUCGUCGGGUCCCGUCCCAGGCCAUCCUCGAUUCGAGGCCAUCACCGACUGCUUCCCUCUUUCCCCUUCAUCCUCUCGCGUCCCCCCCCGGCCACGACAUACGGCUUCCACGACGGCCAAUUCGGCAGCACCCGCGGCUUUUUUCUACACCGAGUACGCAUCCCGAGACGCGCCUCGAGCGACAGGCGAAUGGCUUGCCCUGAAGGUCCUGUUGUCACCACGCACGCCACCGGCACCGUCCGGCCCUGAAGAAGCAACGACGCGGCCGCCACAUCACACCACCUCGCCCUGCCCCUCGCUCCCGGCACCGUCGGGAUAG